AUGGCGUCAAGGAGAGCUGCUGAAGAACAAGAUAGUGGGGAUUCAAUAACAGAAAAAUCUCCAUCAACACCAUUUUUUCCUAGAAUACUUGCUAAAUCAAAAACAUCAACAUCAAUAUCUUCACCAUCAAAAAUGAUUCCCAGUGUCUCUAGUUUAUUAACGUUUGCUGUCAAGAGUCCAACUGGUCGAUACAUGAUCCAAGGAACAAACAAUCAUUUUGGAUCCAUCCAAGUUGAAGCUUGCGUAAUAGACAAUGGUUGCAAUUCCAUAUUAUUACCGUUAACGGAUGGCGUACAAAAAAUAUUUCAAGAAUUUGGAGAUAAAAAGUAUCAGUGGUCUAUAGAAGAAUCUUCAAAUACUGGUCCAUUUAAACCACUUGUAUUACACAUCAAAACCAUACGUACAAGUAUUCCAGUAUGA